AUGAAGGGAGCGCUACCGAGGCUUCAGUUAGGAGAAACCCGCCAAUCGGCGUUUCCACGUCAUCAUAGAACCCCUCUCGCUUCUAGAACCUUUUGGAAACCGAAGCUGUCGACGACAGCCUUCCCUUCUCCGCUCCUUUUGGAAUCAACGUUGACCCCAGUUUCAACGACCGAGAGUUCAUACUCAGCCAAGACUUAUUCUGGUAAGAUCCUACGAGUCAUCAAUUUCCUGGAAGAUAUCAUUUGCCCCAGAUCACCCGAGAAGUUGAAUACUGUUAAGUCGAAGAGGCGCAAGAGGUGGUGGGCUGACAGGAAAAAGAGAGAAGGGGAGGUGAAGAGAGUGGAGGGGAAAAAGAGAGGAGAGUCGGUGGCGGUGGCCGUAGACAAGGACAAAGGAAGUGAACAUGCCAUCAAAUGGGCAGUUGAUCAUCUUCUCACCAGAGGCAAGCCUCUCACAUUGCUCCAUGUUAACCAAACAGGCUCCGACCCCCAACAAACCCAAGGGCUCUUUCUUUCUUUCCGUUCCUUGUGCUCCAAAAAGAAUAUAAAAUGCAAUGAAGUCGUAAUCAAGGACACUGACAUUCCAAACGCAAUCAUCGAUUAUGUUACGGCUAACACUGUUGAGAUUUUGGUACUUGGCGUACCAUCCAAAAGCGGCCUUUUCAGAUUUAAGCUCACAGACGUUCCAAGCACAGUGUCAAAAGGGGCACCGGAUUUUUGCUCUGUUUAUGCGAUUGGCAAAGGAAAGGUCUCGUACAUGCGAUGUGCUACUUCUGCACCCCAAAAAUCUGCCCAACGUAAUCAAGUACAACGCCAACCAAGCCCUAUUUCUGAAGCCAGAUCUUCAGCAUUGAAUAGGAUGCAGCACUAUUCUGCUCGUAACCAGCCAGAUGGUGACAUACAAAUCAAGUCACCGUUCGCAAGAGGAAGACCCUCCAUGGACAAAUCAUAUGAGCUUUCACCAGAAACUGAUAUAUCAUUUGUAAGCAGUGGAAGGCCAAGCAUUGAUCGCAUGUCACCUCGCUGUGACUUUGGUGUAGAAUCAGGAAUGAACUCUCGACUUUCAAUCGGCUCAGACGGGGACAACAGAAGCUCCACAUCGUCUUACUCAAGACACAAGUUUUUAGAUAUGGGCUCUUUACAAUAUGAAAUGUCUUCAUGCUCAACCGACGGUGGAAAAUCAUGGUCAUCGUCACAAAACAUGGACGAUGUGGAAGCUGAGAUGAGGAGGCUCAAGCUAGAGCUUAAGCAAACAAUGGAAAUGUACAGUACAGCGUGCAAGGAAGCUAUGACAGCGAAAGACAAGGAAAAAGAAAUUAACAGGUGGAAAAUGGAAGAUGAACAAAGGCUAGAAGCAGCGCGACAUGCUGAGGAAGCUGCAUUGGCACUUGUGGAGAGGGAGAAAGCAAAAUGUAAGGCAGCCAUUGAGGCAGCUAAAGCAGCUCAAAGGAUUGCUGAAUUGGAAGCACAAAAAAGAAAAGUUGCAGAAAUGAAAGCCCAUAAAGAAUCCGAAGAGAAGAACAAGGCACUUCAAGCAAGGUCAUAUGAUCUUAGGUACAGGAAAUACACAAUUCAGGAGAUUGAAUCGGCAACAAAUGAUUUCUCACAAGCUCGAAAAAUCGGUGAAGGAGGCUAUGGACCAGUGUACAGAGGUGAACUAGACCACACACCAGUGGCAAUAAAAGUUCUACGUCCAGAUGCAGCUCAAGGACAGUCGCAGUUCAAGCAGGAGGUUGAAGUAUUAAGCAGUAUACGACAUCCAAACAUGGUUCUCCUCCUUGGAGCUUGUCCGGAGUACGGUUGCUUGGUCUACGAGUACAUGUCUAAUGGGAGCUUGGAAGAUCGUCUCUUCCGCAGAGGUAACACCCCAGUUAUUCCUUGGCAGAUAAGGUUCCGAAUCGCUGCAGAAAUCGGGACAGGGCUUUUGUUCUUUCAUCAAGCCAAGCCAGAACCCCUUGUACAUCGUGACCUAAAACCUGGAAACAUCUUGCUAGACCAUAACUAUGUGAGCAAGAUCAGUGAUGUAGGUUUAGCUAGGCUUGUCCCUCCAUCUGUAGCCAACUCUAUCACUCAGUAUCACAUGACAUCAACAGCCGGAACAUUUUGCUACAUUGACCCAGAGUAUCAGCAAACUGGCAUGCUUGGGACAAAAUCUGAUAUCUACUCACUUGGCGUCAUGCUUCUACAACUAAUAACAGCCAAGCCACCAAUGGGGUUGACUCAUCACGUUGAGCGGGCUAUUGAGACGGGAACUUUUGCUGAUAUGCUUGACCCUGCUGUUCCUGACUGGCCAGUUGAGGAAGCCUUGAAGUUUGCCAAGCUUUGUUUACAAUGUGCUGAAAUGAGGCGAAAGGACAGACCAGAUCUUGGCAAGGUUGUGUUGCCUGAACUUAACAGAUUGAGAGCACUCGCGGACGAGAGCUUCAAUUGUGUCAUGUUUGGUGCUGGUGGAGUAUUUUCACCGAGACAACGCUCGAAUCCCUCAAUGCAAGAUGUGAUAAGUCAACAAUCCGGAUGUGAAAGCUCAAGGAGCCGUUCAAGCACAUCAUCAUUUCCUGGAAAGAUGGAGUUCUCAAGUUGA